AUGUUGCUGAAGUUUGAGCAGGCAAGAGACCGACCAAUUCUUUGGAACUUCAAACACACCCCAAUAACCUUUAGAUUCGACGACGGAAUCGAAGCGCAAGCAACUAGCACACACCCCAAUGUCGACCGGGUCACAAAUGGCGCAUAUCAUUCCUUUGUCGCGAUUAAUGAGGAUAAUACCUCCAUGGAUGUUGCUUUCUAUUGGUUGCCUACUAUCGGAAAUUCCGAAAGGAAGGCCUCUAACAAGGACCUGACCCCUGAAACCGGAACACCCGCUCCCCGACAAACAUGUAGGCAUUGA